GAGAACUGGCCCUCAAACCACAAGCAAGGCGGAUUACCUAGGUAUGAAGUCUAAGCUUGUCAUGAGGUCCUAUGAGGCACCGGCCCGGGCCACGGAGGGCGGCACUCUGUGAUCCGGGGGGGAGCGUCCCGUGAGACGUGCGCAUGGACUCUCUUCGGAGGGUUGGUGCGCACAGGCCCCAGCGGAGGGGGCGGGGAGCUCUCCAGGUGCGGAGGAUCACCUGGGAAAAUGGGGAGAGGAGGAACUGGCUCUCGAACCACAAGCAAGGCGGAUUACCUAGGUAUGAAGUCUAAGCUUGUCAUGAGAUCCUAUGAGGCACCGGCCCGGAACACGGAGGGUGGCACUCUGUGAUCCAGGGGGGAGCAUCCCGUGAGACGUGCGCAUGGACUCUCUUCGGAGGGUUGGUGUGCACAGACCCCAGCGGAGGGGGCGGGGAGCUUUCCAGGUGCGGAGGAUCACCUGGAAAAAUGGGGAGAGGAGGAACUGGCUCUCGAACCACAAGCAAGGCGGAUUAUCUAGGUAUGAAGUCGAGCUUGUCAUGAGGUCCUAUGAGGCAUCGGCCCGGGCCACAGAGGGCGGCACUCUGUGAUCCGGGGGGAGCGUCCUGUGAGACGUGCGCAUGGACUCUCCUCGGAGGGUUGGUGUGCACAGACCCCAGCGGAGGGGGCGGUAAGCUCUCCAGGUGCGGAGGAUCGCCUGGUAAAAUGGGGAGAGGAGGAACUGGCCCUCGAACCACAAGCAAGGUGGAAUACCCAAGGAGGAAGGUUACUCUUUGGGUCCGCUCGGUCCCUACAAACUUCUUGACACUGGUAAUAUGCGGUCGGUUUCGUAUCCCAAUCCGCCUAUGGCUAGGUGGCCCCCCCUCGUUGCGAGGCGGCGUCAUUGACCCAUGGGUUGGGGAGGGUAGGAUUCAGGCUUAUUGGAACCAGGGAAAAAGAGGAGAACCCAAUCGGAUCACUCCUCGCAAGGGGUCUGAACCAACUGGGUGCUCAACCACUGCCAUAAAGAAGUUGAUGUCGGUGCAACUUGCAAAACUCAUAUGCAGUGGUUGAGACGGUCGACUCUUUUUCAGGGGGAAAGCUCGAAGCUCACUUGAGGCCAAAAACCUGGAAUGAGACCCAUGUUGACUGUGGACGAUCUCGGUCGGACGCAGGACGAUGCACGGGUACCUGAACAUGUUAGUAGGUCAAGGACGGUGUGUCCUAGAGUUUUCUUAACGUGGAAUGACAAUCGGAAGCAUGGUGAUGCCACGUGGGAGUUAAUGCUUUCGUGGUGCAUGGGAGAAAUCGCCGGACUAUUUCAGUUACGGUGGAUGUCUCUAGCAUCGUGUCUUUCCACUCACGAUGAGAUGGCUCGACCGCAAUGUCGAGUCUGGGUUGGUAGUGCCUCUGGUUUGAGUGUCAGACUUCGGUUUGUCGCACUCGGUAGAUGUAACCCAACUCGUAUCUUAUCGUGGCUGCAAUGGGAUGGCUCGGUGGCAACGCCGGGUUCUGUGCUGGUUGUUUCUCUGGUUUGAGCGUGAGGCCUCGGUCUGUAGCGCUCGGUAGAGAAACACAGCCCACUCACAUCUCGUUGUGGAGGUUGAGGAAGCCCGUCUCCUUAGCCACUCGGAUACGUGAAAGGCAUCGCUUGCUCAAACUGGAAGCCAGUGUGUGGCAUGUUAAAGUCCCGUACCCAUAAUCUAAUAAACGAGCACCACACAAAAAAGGGGAAGGCGCUAAGAGUAUGGAAAAAGGGUUGAUGUUGCCCUUGGUCAUGCCCCUAAAAGACAAGAUGGAGCCCAAGUCGGGUACCCUGGGCCUAGCUGGCGGAUACUGGGACACUGGUGGAACGGAGUAAAGCAAGCGUUGUCGAGUACCAUAUCUGAGCCCGAUACGUAAGAGGGGCAUACCGAACUGAGCCAAACGGCCACUGGGGCCCGAAUCCCGGCUAUCCAGCUUUAUGCGGAGGUGGUUGAAUCGGUGCAAGGCAACCAGCCGAAGUAACGAAGGGAGGUAUGUCCCACUUGCUGUACGGCCUUGAGAAGGAUGUGCUUGCGUCCUAGGUGGCAUAAAAACCACCUAGGCACUAGCACGGAGCUCUCUUGGAAUUGUCAAGAAAUGAGACUGUGAUGGGAUCGGGUUGGCUUGUCCCGACGAUCAGUGUGAUGACUCUUCUUGGACGGGCUUGCCCAACCUCGGAGCAUCUUGAGGAGCAAUGCUGUUUGCUGACGCGUGAGGGGCCACUUCUUAAGCAAACCUACCAGUGCGGUAGGCGAUCGGUUCGGUGCAUCCUACUUCCUGUAUAGUAGGCGGCGGGCACAAACCGGUCAGCGGCAGUGGUCAGAGCCGAGAUGGGGAAUUGGACCUAUAGAGGAUGCCCCUCUGGCCCAUGAAACCCGGCUUAUUACGACAGUGGGUCGAUUGGGAAAGGAGCUCGAAAGUCCACCACGGUGUUCGGUGGCGCUCUGGAACCAGCCGAUACGCACGUGUCAGACACGGCAAUCAACGCAAGGCGAUUGCCAAGUCAGCUUGCUCGGAUGGAUGUUUCGGUGGUCAAGCUUGGCCGGACAAGGGGACGAGCGCUGUGAAGGCGGGGCAUGCUGGGGCCCGAAUGCCGGAUAUUUGGGUAUGAAGUCGAGCUUGUCAUGAGGUCCUAUGAGGCACCGGCCCGGGCCACGGAGGGCGGCACUCUGUGAUCCGGGGGGGAGCGUCCCGUGAGACGUGCGCAUGGACUCUCUUCGGAGGGUUGGUGCGCACAGGCCCCAGCGGAGGGGGCGGGGAGCUCUCCAGGUGCGGAGGAUCACCUGGGAAAAUGGGGAGAGGAGGAACUGGCUCUCGAACCACAAGCAAGGCGGAUUACCUAGGUAUGAAGUCGAGCUUGUCAUGAGGUCCUAUGAGGCACCGGCCCGGGCCACGGAGGGCGGCACUCUGUGAUCCGGGGGGGAGCGUCCCGUGAGACGUGCGCAUGGACUCUCUUCGGAGGGUUGGUGCGCACAGGCCCCAGCGGAGGGGGCGGGGAGCUCUCCAGGUGCGGAGGAUCACCUGGUAAAAUGAAGGGAGAUGGCACGGUGGGGGGAGAUGCCCUGGCCAAAACGAAAAAGGUGGCGAGAAAGGCAGGGCCGGCUCUGGCUAAGAUUCAAUGCAGAGCACCGAUCAUUCGAGGAGUCGAAAGGGCAACGGGAAACCGUUGCAGGUUGGCCAGUUCAGCUACCCCGCGCCCUCCUUGGAGGGCGAUGGGUAGAUGGCGUGCCUCCUGGGCUGGAGGCGAACCAGGUCGACGAAGGAACAGCGAGGCCUCGUUUCUAACGGGGCUGAGCGUGGACCUCGGCCUGGAGGGAGGGAUGGAGCACACCCGGCUGGUGCGGGUGUCGUUGUCAUCCCGCUGCGGGCAGGCCGCCGCGGCACGUGGAACGAUUGGGGGGAUGGCUUGCACACUUGGGGCCAACCCAUCACACCCGGCUUGGGGAACCCGGGAGUGAGGCCCGGAGCCUUUGCCAGAGGCUCUGGGCCGAAAAUGGGAAGAAAUGACGGCAGGCGAGCGAGGGAAGGACAGGCGGGUUGCACCGCAGGUCGUUUCCGAGCUCAGCUUGCCCCAGGCGUCGCGAACGCGGACGAGCCUCGAGCUCGCGGGGUCGGGUGGGGCCUGCCAGCCUCAUCCGGCACCGCGGACUCGGGUGCUCUUUC